AUGUCUCCCACGAAAAAGAAACUUUAUAUAACGAUACAAGAAUCCUUUCAAAUUUUGAUCUUCUUGAAAUGCAAAGAAGAUUCUUAUAUUUUACAGACGGGACAGAUAUCAAUAAGCGACACAAUACCAUGGACAGAGGCCGUCAAACGGUGUGGCAAGCUGCAAGCAAACUUCAAUGGAUAUUAUAAUGGUCUUAAGGAAUCAGUCAAGUAUUAUUCAUUGUGGACAGGAUUCUAUAGAAGGAGCAUCGAGAAAUGGACCCCGCCAAGUCAAGGUUCAAAUCUGGUAGACAACCUUCAUUCCAAUCACUGUGUUGCGGUCAAGGUCAAUAAUGACGGCACCCUUUAUCAAAUCACAUACCCACAACUCUGUACAAAAUCUUUGCCAACUUUAUGUGAAAAAUCCACAAGAGUCGAUGGAAAUUGGGCGUCAUGGGGUGUUUGGAGCCAGUGUCCUGUCACAUGUGAAGGGGGUACCAUACAACGGAGUCGCGAAUGUACAAACCCAGCACCUAAACACGGCGGGAGCGAUUGCGUGGGAGAUGCUGUCGAAUCUAAAUCGUGUAACACAAAUCCCUGUCCAGUUGACGGCAAUUGGUCAUCUUGGAGUCCAUGGGGAAACUGUUCAUCAGAGUGCGGGAAAGGUGAACAAUGGCGCAGCCGGGAAUGUAACAACCCCAAACCUGAACACAAUGGGAAGGACUGCGAGGGUGACGAGAGGCAACGCCAGGAGUGCAUCGGGUGUCCAUUUAAAAAGGAACUUACACUUUGGAGCCCAUGGUCCACUUGUUCUGUAACAUGUGGUAACGGAAUUCAGUCCAGAAGCAGAAGAUGUGAUCUUAAAAAUGAUGAUAAACAUCUGUGUGGUUAUGAAGAGAAGGAAGAAAGAGGAUGCAAUACAAAUAUAGAAUGUCCUAUUGAUGGGGUUUGGUCCGAUUGGUCUACAUGGAGUGACUGUUCUAAAACUUGUGGACAUGGCGAGGAAACAAGGAUAAGAACAUGUACAAAUCCGCCCCCACAACAUGGAGGCAAAGAUUGUCCGGGAGUGGGACUGGAAUCUAGGAAAUGUAUCGGUUGUCCAGGAGGAAAAACUUUGACCCCUUGGACAGCUUGGGGACAGUGUUCAGUAUCUUGUGGAAGCGGAGAACAGAGCAGAUUCAGAGAGUGUGAUCUAACACCUGCCGAACAAAUUCAAUUCAACUGUACCUUUAAAGACGAACAGAAAAAGCCAUGCAAAAAACGAGAAUGUCCAAUUGAUGGAAAUUGGGGACCAUGGUCAAUGUCGAGUGAAUGCUGUGUAAAUAGCCGCUCUCGUAUCCGGGAAUGUAACAACCCUCCUCCCCAACAUGGAGGAACGUGUCAUGGGACAUUUAUUGAAGGGGAAACGUGUUUUGGCUGUCCAGGAACCUGGCCUGAUCCUGUCUGGACUGCCUGGUCGGAUUGCUCAGUCACCUGUGGUUUUGGAGUGCAAAGAAGGACGCGCUCCUGUGAACUUCCAAUAGCUUUACGGAUAAAAUACAAAUGUUUCACGAGGGAAACUGAAACUAAAAAUUGUUCAAAGGUUCAAUGUAUUGGUUCCUGUGUUAGCAACUGUAAGCACUUGUUAGACGGCCAUUAUCAGUCCUGUGAAACCUGCAACGGAUAUGUGACUUGUUCAAACCAGAAUUUUUACAAACGCACCUGCCCUACGAAUCUAGUUUGGGACGAUCAUGCGAAACAAUGCUUGUACAACUCCACAACGUGCCCUUCUCCCAUAACAACGCCUAAAACAAACAGGUUACUCAGAACGAAGAGGUCUGUUGUAGUGAAUGCAGAGUCUACUCGCCUGACUAAUAUUUCCUUGGAAACGAAUACCAAGAGAUGGGUCUUGCUGGGUUCUAGUUUUAUUGGUGGGGUUAUGAUUGUAGCUUCUCUCCUUGUUGUUAUAAAACUGAGAAGACAAUCACGCGUCGUCUAUCACAGUAUAAACGAAUGACACUAUUGUUAACAGACGACAGAACUACUAGUACUUCAAAGACCUAGGAUUCAGAAACUGAUUUAUUUUUCUUUUUUUUCUAUUUUUUAUGUAUAACACUAGUUUCUACAAAUUAUUUACAUUCUUUUCCUAUUAAAUACAUGUAUAGCGAAA